AUUGAUAAACAUUUCGCGCCAAAAGUUGGCAAAACGCGUUGCGGAAAGAGAGAAACUAAUUUUUACCAAACAAUUCAUUGUUUACGCUCUCGUCGUAGUGACAACAUAACGAAAUUAUUCGCUAAUUAAAGAAUGGAUGUCGCCGAUGCCCAAAUUGGACAGCUACGCGUGAAGGAUGAAGUCGGCAUACGCACCCAAAAACUUUUCCAGGACUUUCUUGAAGAGUUCAAAGAGGAGGGCGAAAUCAAAUAUCAGCGACCAGCUGCCAAUUUGGAAUCUCCCGAUCGAUGCACUUUAGAGGUCAGUUUCGAGGAUGUAGAGAAAUAUGAUCAGAAUCUGGCUACCGCCAUUAUUGAGGAAUACUACCAUGUCUACCCAUUCCUGUGUCAAUCAGUAUCAAACUACGUCAAAGAUCGCAUUGGCCUGAAGACCAGCAAGGAUUGCUACGUAGCCUUCACUGAGGUUCCGACGCGGCAUAAAGUUCGAGAUUUGACCACAUCGAAAAUUGGCACACUGAUUCGCAUUUCUGGACAAGUGGUGCGCACCCAUCCGGUUCAUCCAGAGUUGGUUUCGGGUACAUUCAUGUGCCUAGAUUGUCAAACAGAAAUUCGAAACGUUGAGCAGCAAUUCAAAUUUACCAAUCCCACCAUCUGCCGGAAUCCCGUGUGCUCCAAUCGCCGCCGAUUCAUGUUGGAUGUAGAGAAAUCUCUGUUCCUGGACUUUCAAAAGAUUCGAAUCCAAGAGACGCAAGCAGAACUACCCAGAGGCUGCAUACCGAGGGCGGUCGAGAUAAUCUUACGAUCUGAACUGGUUGAAACGGUUCAGGCCGGAGAUCGUUAUGACUUCACAGGCACUCUCAUAGUGGUACCCGAUGUUUCAGUGCUGAGUACACCAGGAACCAAAGCGGAAAUGGGUUCCCGUCAUAAGCCAGGCGAAGGCAGCGAAGGUGUAACCGGCUUAAAGGCUCUGGGCGUAAGGGAACUCAACUACCGCUUGGCCUUUUUGGCCUGCAGCGUCCAGGCCACAACCGCUCGCUUUGGCGGCACCGAUCUGCCUAUGUCUGAGGUCACUGCCGAGGACAUGAAGAAACAAAUGACCGAUGCCGAAUGGCACAAGAUCUAUGAGAUGUCCAAAGAUCGUCAUUUAUAUCAAAAUUUAAUCACCAGUCUCUUUCCAUCCGUUUAUGGCAAUGAUGAAGUUAAACGGGGCAUUCUGCUCCAACUGUUUGGUGGUGUGGCCAAAACCACUACGGAGAAGACUUCGUUGAGGGGCGACAUCAAUGUGUGCAUUGUGGGUGAUCCGAGUACAGCGAAAUCCCAGUUUCUCAAGCAAGUCUCUGAUUUCUCGCCGCGUGCCAUUUAUACCUCAGGCAAAGCAUCGUCGGCAGCUGGUUUGACCGCUGCUGUGGUCCGGGAUGAGGAAAGCUUUGACUUUGUUAUUGAGGCGGGUGCUCUGAUGUUGGCGGACAACGGAAUUUGCUGCAUUGAUGAGUUCGAUAAAAUGGAUCAGCGGGAUCAGGUGGCCAUUCACGAAGCCAUGGAACAGCAGACCAUAUCCAUUGCCAGAGCCGGAGUACGAGCCACUCUUAAUGCGAGAACAUCAAUUCUGGCAGCAGCAAAUCCUAUCAAUGGACGCUACGAUCGCUCCAAGAGUUUGCAACAAAAUAUCCAGUUGUCCGCCCCAAUUAUGUCCAGAUUCGAUUUGUUCUUCAUCCUGGUCGAUGAAUGUAACGAGGUGGUCGACUAUGCCAUUGCUCGCAAAAUUGUCGAUCUGCAUUCCAACAUUGAGGAGUGUGUGGAACGAGCCUACAGCCGCGAAGAGGUCCUACGCUAUGUGACCUUUGCCCGUCAAUUCAAACCGAUUAUUGGGCAAGAGGCUGGCAAAAUGCUGGUGGAGAAUUACGGACAUUUGCGUCAAAGGGACACUGGGUCGUCGGGACGCAGCACUUGGCGCAUCACUGUCCGACAAUUGGAAUCGAUGAUACGACUCAGCGAGGCUAUGGCCAAGCUGGAGUGCUCAAAUCGAGUCCUCGAGAAGCAUGUGAAAGAGGCUUUUCGUCUCUUGAAUAAAUCCAUCAUUAGGGUGGAACAGCCAGAUAUUCAUUUGGACGAUGAUGAUGAAGAUGUCAAUGUUGAUGAAGGAAUACCCGAGGAUAUUGAUAUGGAGAACAAUGGUGCGGCUGCCAAUAUGAUUAAUGAGGAAAUGGAUACAUCGGGAACGGCUACUAUUCAGAAAAAGAAAUUCACUUUAUCAUUCGAGGAUUAUAAGAACUUAUCCACAAUGUUGGUCUUGCAUAUGCGCUCCGAGGAAUCUCGCUGUGAGGUGGAAGGUGCCGAUACAGGCAUGAAACGCAGCGAUGUUGUCACCUGGUAUCUGGAGCAGGUGGCUGACCAAAUUGAGUCCGAGGAUGAGCUUAUAUCACGCAAAAAUCUAAUUGAGAAACUGAUCGAUCGACUAAUCUAUCAUGAUCAGGUCAUUAUCCCAUUGAAGACGUCCAAUCUUAAGCCACACAGAAGUGUUAGACCCGGGACUCAAGAGGAAGAGGAUGUCGAUGAUGAUCCGCUGCUGGUGGUGCAUCCCAAUUACAUAGUAGAAUAAGUUUAAUCAUAAUGAAUUAAGUAUUUCUAAAUUAAGAUAAUUUCAAUGUUUUUUUUUCCUUCUCUCACUCUGUCUUUGGAAUUGGCAUCUGGAGAUAAGUCAUAAGGAAAGUUUCAAUAUUAUGUUUUCUAUCCAAAGAAUUUAAUUUGAAACAGAACUUUUUGUAACCUGUUUUUAAAUUUAUGUUUUUAACGUAGCAAUUAAGUUGAGAAUUAUUGGAUGAAUUAUUAUAUAAUUUUGUUCACCUAUUUGUUCUAUAUCCUGAUCCAUUUAUAAACAAAUUUCAAUAAAUCUAUAAAGAAAAAAACUCAA